AUGAUUGAUGGAUGGGGGUCUUGGACUCGGUCAAUUGGCGAAUCAUCGUUGACUCCCCUGGCUGUCGAACUAAACCCACCCCCGGACAUCAGACACUCCAUCCAUGGCUUUUAUGCGGAUAAACGUAUCGGGUACACGAAAGAUAAGAUGGUCGCUAAUGCAGCAAUUUAG